AUGGGUCUCUAUGCUUCCGAGUGUUCACCACCCAGGAGUCCCAACAACCGACAGAAAGACAGUUUGGGGGCUGCGUCUGGUAGCAGGAGAAGAUGGCGGUUUCCACAGACAAACUAUGAAAACAGAAUAUAUAGCCUGAAAGUAGAAUGUGGAUCUAAAUACCCAGAAGCUCCUCCAUCAGUUAGAUUUGUAACAAAAAUUAAUAUGAAUGGAAUCAAUAAUUCUAGUGGAAUGGUGGAUGCGUGGAGCAUACCAGUUUUAGCAAAAUGGCAAAAUUCCUAUAGCAUUAAAGUUGUACUCCAAGAGCUAAGACAGCUAAUGAUGUCCAAAGAAAAUAUGAAGCUUCCACAACCACCGGAAGGACAGACGUACAACAACUGAUUUUAGUGGAUCUCAAACUUGUCUUAAAUCAACAACCUUCUACUCAUGUUAAUGUCUUGAUUAAAUAUCACCAUGCAAAAUACCCACACAUUAAGUAAAAGAAUUCUAGCUGGUAAACAUGACCUGGACAGUUGUAAGAAUAUAUUUAAUAUAUGUACACUUAUUAUGUUUUCAGGUAACAAGAGAAGUGCAGCACAAUUUUUCUUCCUCUUCUUAAAGCACUGUCAUUUAAACAUGAGCCUGAAGUAUUCAAAGUGAAUUCAGGUUUUCAAGACAAAAGCAUGACAAAGGAGUGUCAGAUGGCAGUGAAACCUUUGUCUCAAGAAGGAAGAACAGAACUGGCAUGCUUUAUCAUCGUCCUUAGACCACAGCGAACUGUUUAAAGUAGCAGGUAUAAUGAGUAGUCACAAUUGUGCUCACUCUUGAAGCGGUGCGGGUGUGGGUGCUGACUGCUAUAGCAUCAAAAAUAGCUUCAGGAUUGUUUUGAUACCUGUAUUUAUAAUAAAAAGAUGUUUGGGGGGUAUUGAUGAA